GCUAGCGGCAAGGCCGGCGAGGGGCGGUGCCAGGCCGCGGGUCCUCAGUCAAGUGACGCCGCGCGGCUGGCCUGGGCGCCGACUGCGGAGCCGAGAGGCUGGAGGGUGGACAUGCUGGGGGUCGUUCGCUUCCUCUCUCUGCUGCUGGUGCCGCUGCUGCUGGGCUCUGCGCGCGGGUUGCGCAAUGCCUCCCAGAGGACGUUCAAGAUCGACUAUAGCCACAACCGCUUCCUCAAGGAUGGCCAGCCGUUCCGAUACAUCUCAGGAAGCAUCCACUACUUCCGCAUACCCCGCUUCUACUGGAAGGACCGGCUGCUGAAGAUGAAAAUGGCUGGGCUAAAUGCCAUCCAGACGUACGUGCCCUGGAACUUUCAUGAGCCCCAGCCAGGACAGUACCAGUUUUCUGAGGAUCAUGAUGUGGAAUAUUUUAUUCAGCUGGCUCACGAACUGGGCCUGCUGGUUAUCCUGAGGCCGGGACCCUACAUCUGUGCAGAGUGGGAUAUGGGAGGAUUACCUGCAUGGCUAUUAGAGAAACAAUCUAUUGUUCUCCGUUCUUCUGAUCCAGAUUACCUUGCAGCUGUGGACAAGUGGUUGGGAGUCCUUCUGCCCAAGAUGAAGCCCCUACUCUAUCAGAAUGGAGGGCCAAUUAUAACAGUGCAGGUUGAAAAUGAAUAUGGCAGCUACUUUACCUGUGAUUAUGACUACCUGCGUUUCCUGCAGAAGCUCUUCCACCAACACCUGGGGGAUGACGUGCUUCUGUUCACUACCGACGGCAUCUUUCAGAAGUUCCUGAAGUGUGGGGCACUGCAGGGGCUCUAUGCCACAGUGGACUUUGGGUCAGGUAUCAAUGUCACAGCUGCUUUCCAAAUCCAGAGGAAGAGCGAGCCCAGAGGACCCUUGAUCAAUUCUGAAUUCUAUACUGGCUGGUUAGACCAUUGGGGCCAACGACACUCAAAAGCCAAGACUGAUGUGGUGGCUUCUACCCUCUAUGAUAUACUUGCUAGUGGGGCGAAUGUGAACAUGUACAUGUUUAUAGGUGGGACCAAUUUUGCCUAUUGGAAUGGGGCCAACUUGCCCUACCAACCACAGCCCACCAGCUAUGACUAUGACGCCCCGCUGAGCGAGGCAGGGGACCUUACUGAGAAGUAUUUUGCUCUGCGAGACGUUAUUAAGAAGUUUGAAAAAGUACCAGAAGGUUUUAUCCCUCCGUCCACACCGAAGUUUGCAUAUGGAAAAGUUGCUAUGAAAAAGUUAAAAACAGUGGAGGGAGCUUUGGACAUUCUGUGUCCUGCUGGGCCCAUAAAAAGCCUUUAUCCCUUGACGUUUAUCCAGGUGAAACAGUAUUUUGGGUUUGUGCUGUACCGAACAACGCUUCGUCAAAACUGCAGCAAACCAACGCCCCUCUCCUCACCCCUCAAUGGAGUCCACGAUCGGGCCUAUGUUGCUGUGGAUGGGGUCCCCCAGGGAAUCCUUGAGCGAAAUACUGUGACCACUCUGAACAUAACAGGGAAAGCUGGAGCCACUCUGGACCUGCUGGUGGAGAACAUGGGGCGCAUAAACUAUGGCACAUAUAUCAAUGAUUCUAAGGGUCUUAUUUCUAACCUGACCCUUGGUUCCAAAAUCCUCACGGACUGGAUGAUCUUCCCACUGGACACAGAGGAUGCAGUGAGCAGCCACUUGGGGGGCUGGGAUGGCCAUGACAGUGGCUCCCGUGAUGAAGCCUGUGCCUGCAACUCAUCUAACUACACACUCCCAGCCUUUUAUGUAGGGAACUUCUCCAUUCCCAGUGGGAUCUCAGACUUGCCCCAGGACACCUUUAUCCGUUUUCCUGGAUGGACCAAGGGGCAGGUGUGGAUUAAUGGCUUUAACCUUGGACGCUAUUGGCCAGCACGGGGUCCCCAGAUGACCUUGUUUGUGCCACAGCACAUCCUGAUGACAUCGGCCCCAAACUCAGUCAUCGUACUGGAACUGGAGUACGCACCCUGCAGUGACAAUAACCUAGAACUGUGCGCUGUGGAGUUCGUGGACAGGCCGGAUAUCGGUGCGUCUCAAACCCAAAGUCGUCUCCCUCCACACCUGUCUAUUCAGGGCUUAUGACUAGAUGGUACAAGAUGACUAAAGGCUGAACCCUUUGGGGUUCUAGCCUUGCACAUACCUCAUAUAUCCCCCUGGUAAUGCCAACAUUCACUGAAGAGUCUGAUGGGAAAAUAAAUUCAGUAUGUGUGUUUUCGCCUGAGUUCCCCUGCAGCCUUGCAGUGCCUGACCCGCCACCAUCAGGGGCCACCAUGGAUGUGUGAUGGGAGGUAGCCCAGGAAUGCACUGACGUGUCUGCAGAGCUGGGUGGAAGCUUUCAAGGUGUUUCUGAUUUUUACUUUGCAAGAAUCUUGUCUCUUUAGUCAAUAAAAUUUGUACUCAAAUGA